GGCGGGCGGUGUGUGCGCCCCCUUGCGACGGUGCUGCGAGUUGCCGAGGGAGCGCUGUGGGAGCCGUGUGGCUGCAGGAUGAACCCCGCGCUGGGGUUGCUGCUGUUCUUGGGCACGCUGCUGUACGCCUACGCGGAGGCGCUGGUGAAGCUGCUGCUGCCCGCCAAGAGGAAGGCCGUCCGAGGGGAGCUGGUGCUGGUGACGGGUGCUGCCCGCGGCCUGGGCAGGGCCACGGCUCGCGAGUUCGCCCGAUGCCAGAGCCGCCUGGUGCUGUGGGACGUCGAGGCGCAUGGCCUCAAGGAGACCGCAGCAGAGUGCGAAAGGCUGGGAGCCACCGUUCACACCUUUGUGGUGGACUGCAGCAAAAGAGAGGAGAUCUACAGUGCUGCCAAGAAGGUGAAAAAGGACAUUGGUGAUGUCUCCAUCCUGGUGAAUAAUGCCGGUGUGAUUACAGCUGCCGACCUGCUCUCCACUCAGGAUCACCAAAUUGAGAAAAUGUUUGAAGUCAACAUUCUCGCUCACAUCUGGACAACAAGAGCUUUUCUGCCAGCAAUGAUGAAGAACAACCACGGUCACAUUGUCACGGUGGCUUCUGCAGCAGCAAACACGGAGUAACAGAAAUAAACUUCCCACUGAAUAAGCUACUUCCAAAGGACAGUGCUAAGGAGAAAAAGCCCACAGCACCCAACACAUAAGGACCAAUGGAGUUCAAGCAAGUUUGCUGCAGUUGGAUUUCACAAAGCUCUAACAGAGGAGCUGGCUUCGCUGGGAAAGCAUGGAAUAAAAACAACGUGUCUCUGUCCAGUUUUUAUGAAUACUGGAUUUGUCAAAAACCCCAGUACUA